GCCGCUCAUGAAUCGCGCGGAAGGGGCGGCGAAGCGACGCGAUACUCGCCAUGUGUGUCCGUGACGUCAGAAGCUUAGGAGGGGCGCCUGGCUCGAGGCUGCUGCUGCAGAAAAGUCAAUCACGCAGUAUUCUCCAUCGACCUCUCAUAAAGCCAUUCAUUCAUUGAUCUGAUUAACGGUUCGCGUCUCUGCGGGACCCACUGCCGCUCGACGUGUUUAGGCAGAAAGCCGCGAUGGAUUUGGUCUGAGAGCGACAUGGAAGCACCGCGUCGCGUCCUCCUGGUCGCGCUGUCGCUGAUCCUCAGCGCUUCCGCGAGCUCCUUCUCCUCUAUCGGGAAGAUCGGUUGCCUGUUUGAGGAGGAUCUCUGCUCUUCCUAUGAGUUCUGCACCAACG